AAAACACAGCCCCGCCUUCAAGACGGUCUCAGAAGCGCAGAAAAAAAAAAAUACCCAAUGAAAUAAAUAAUAAAUUUUAGCUUAAGCUUUCGCCCUUAAAACGAAACGAAACGCACAAAAAACAAGCCAAAUCAUAUCGAAAUAAGUAAUUGUUUAAGUAAUCACAAGGAAUUGGAGAGAACAACAACAGCAAAAGCCAACGCACAAGGAAAAAUAUUACUGUAAGGAAAUCCAUAAUUAUUCCAAGGAGAUACAGGUUCAGAUAUAAUACUGUAUACACGCGGAGGUUCCCAUACGGUGAUAGCACAUAUUGUGUGAGGGAAAAAUGCUCUCCAGUGGGUCUACUCCAUCGACAUCAACUCCUGCAUACCGGAGAAAGCAACAGCAGCAGUGUCCGAGUGACCAUUGAUGCCAAGAACCUGAGUCGGGGAACAAGUGGAAGCAAGUCGUUAGCCCCCGGCUGUGGGAAGGGAGUUCCUGAGCAGCGAGGAAGCGAAAUCCGUUGCCUUGGCGCCUCCGCGCUGCGCGAUGCAAGGGAACAGCAGCCGAUCCACGUUAAGCGCACAAUCCUCGGGCACACCGUCGGCCUCCACGAUAUCCUCGUCGCAGGGAAAGCAACAAGUUGUCGAACUAUCUGGCUAUGUCAUCAUACUCGUCGAGAAUGUGGAGGGGAAGAUUAAACUAUAUGGCUCACCGCCCGAUCGCGAUAAUCUGGAAGUGGGCGAUGAGAUACUCGAGGUUAAUGGCCUUUCCCUGGAGAACAUAUCGCGCACGGAGGUCAUACGCCACAUACACGAUUGCAUCAAAUCCUGUACGAUCUGUUUGCGGGUGCGCAAGAAGAAUGAUUCCCGAUUGGCCUGGGAUAUUGGGAAUUCGGUGCAGGACGCGUUUGUCAUUGCCGUCGAGGAGCACGCCCGGGAGCGACUGCAGCGAUUGGCGGCUCUUAAUCGAGUGACGCCCGUGGACAUAACCCAACUGUCGAAGAAGCUGCAGCAAAGUGGAAAGAGCGGGACAACGACAAGCCAGAAGCCGCAGGAUCUCAGUUUCCUGAACGACUCGACGCCCAUCUAUGUGACGUCCUUCACCAGCAACCAGAUCACGUGCUGCAGCUCCACCAUGACAACGGCCACGGCGGGCGGCCCCAUCUCCGCCCCAAUGCUGGCACCCACCACAGCGACCUGCACGAUGCCCACGCCCGCCGUCGAGCAGCAGGCGGCCAGCCAGGGGGCCUCCGCACUGGUAAGUGCCGCUGUGGCAGCGGCCACCGCCGCCGAUCGCAAUGCCAACAGUACCACCGCAGCGGCCCUCAAGCAGCAGAGGCAGAAGCAGCUUCCGAGCUCCGCGUGCAACACCGCCACAGCGAUCAGCGCCGUCGCGACAAGCAGCUCGACCAGCAGCGCCACCGGACAGAUCUACCAGGCGAGCCAGGCCCAGCAGCAGCAGCUGCAGCAGCUCCAGCAGCAGCUGGCGGCGGCCGCCGCUGCGGGGAAGCCCCUCCAGGCCAAGUCCCUGCUCGCGACCAGCCUCCAGCAUCUGGCCGAGGAGGUGGACAACGAGGACCUCGACGACGACGACGACGACGUGGACGGGGCCAACUAUUGCGGCAUCACCUACAUCUCGUACAACAACAAGCAUGCCCAGCUGCCAACGACGACGCUGCCGGCCAGCACGACGCUCCCGGCGGCGGCGGCCACCCUCGCCACCACGGCGGCAAUCCACCAGCAGCGGCAGCAGCAGACCCACGCCCAGACCCACAACCGCCCUGCCCCACUGCAGCUGUGUGCCAGCGAUGUCCAGUUCGUGGAUGCCGGCACCUCGACGUCGCCCCUGCUGGCCGCCACCAGUAUUGUGACGGCAGCGGACAUCGCCUUGCCGCCGAGCGGCGGCCAUCUCCACGGCACAACGACGCCCAAGACCGAGUACUCGACGGCCAUUUCCAGCGGACAGUUGCAGCAGGCCUUUGCCGAGCUGCAGUUGCAGUACUCCACCAAUAACAACACCUCACAGCAGCACCAGCAGCACCAGCAGCAGCAGCCACAGACACAGACACAGACACAUUUCCAUCAGCAACAUUUAAUUUUAAGCAACAACAAUAAUAGCAAUAAUUCCAUCGCAUCCAGCGGCAUCACGACAGCAGCGGCCACAGCGGCAACGGCGGCAGCCACAGCGGCAUCCGUGAUGAAGAAUUGUGAUCUACUGAUAGCCAACAAUCUGUAUCCACCGAGACGAGAGUUACUAGAUGACGUCAUUGUUCAUCAAUCCAGCGAUGUCCAUGCAUACAACACCAAUGUAGCGACAGCCAACAGCAGCAACAAUCGAUCCCAGCAGCAGCAGCAGCAAUUGCUGAGUGCCGCCUACGAGCAGCAGCAGCAACAACUCUUGCAACAGCAGCAGCAGCAGCUGCAACACAGUCCCACAAGUAGCAUAUCAAUAGGAAGAACAGAACUUUUAUUGGGUGAUCAGAGUCUGCGGCAGGACUCCAGCAGGAACCGCCGGCGCUCCGGCUCAAGCAUAGUUGUCCUGGACGGUGAUGAUCUGAAGCCAUGUCUCCCGGAUGAUUAUAUAAGUGGACAGCAUCAUCAUUUGCAACAACAACAGCAGCACCAACAGCAUCCACACCAGCAGCAGCAGCAACAGCAACAGCAACAGCAGCAGCAGCACUAUCGCACGCAUUCGAGCGACAUAAGAGAGAUUGACCAGGAAAUGCUGACCAUGCUGUCCGUGAAUCAAGAUAACGGACCACAUCGUGAGAUGGCCGUCGAUUGUCCGGACACGUUCAUAGCGCGCAACAAGACGCCACCCAGAUAUCCGCCACCCCGUCCACCGCAGAAACACAAAACCACCAAGAAAAACACCAACACCACCACCACCAAGAACACCACCACCACCACCAUAUCGACAUUCCAUAAUGAUGAUCAUGCUAACAAACUGUUAAUUGUUGCAUAUCAUUCUUCACAUCGACAUGAACAACAACAACAACAACAACCACAACCACAACAACAACAUAAACACCAUCAUCAACACACAUCAACAAUUGUUGCAACCAUCGAUGAUGAUGUUGCCACACAAAAUCUGUACAAUCAAAAACAACAAAAUAAAUUGGAACAAAUCGAAAACUAUGAAAAUUGCCUACAAUCGGAACAACAACCACCACAACCACAACAACAGACAGCGGGGGCAGUUGCAGCAACAACAACAACAACAGCCACAAACACAACCACACAAGUGGCAGAACAGCAGACGCCAUGCAACAAUAAAAUGCAACAAAAGACAACGAGCAACAGCAGCAACAACAACAGCGGUAGCGGUAGCGGUAACGGCAGCAGCAACAUGACAGAUGACUUCCUCUGCGUGGUGGAUGGCGGCCUCUAUCGCAGCCAGGACUCUGGCUCGCCCACGUCGACAGGCACCUUCGACGAGGUCCUGAGCAAGCAUACCCUGGACUCCUUCGGCAGCAUUGCCUACCGCCACUUGCACCAGCAGCAGCCGCAGCAACAGCAGCAGCAACAGCAAGCGACGAGUAACGGCAACAGCAAUAGCAGCGGAUGUGGCAGUGGAACCACUGCCACGCCCAGCAAGGGGCAAACGCCUGUGGACGAUCAGACCUUGGCCAGCAGCAACACGUGCCACACAAGCAACACAAGCAACAGCAAUUCGCUGAACAGCAGCAACAGCUCCAUGCACACCAGCAACAGCAGCACCAGUCACAUUGCAAGUGCCGCCUCCUCCUCGCUGACGGCCCCCACCAGCAUUAGCAAUAGCAACAGCAGCAGCGGGGACAGCAACGGGAGCAGCUCGACCGUGCCCGAUGACCUAAGCCUUGCCCCACCCGGCUAUGAGCCAGUGGUGGCACUGCUGCCGCCCCUGCCACCGAUGACCAAGCACCGGGAGCUGCCCGUCGAUGUGCCUGACAGCUUCAUUGAGAUCGUGAAGACGCCGCCGCGAUAUCCGCCGCCGGCACAUCUCUCCUCGCGCGGAUCGCUGCUCUCCAAUGGCAGUGCCUCCACGGCCCAGACCACGCUCUCCUCGCUGCCUCCUGCCCCUGUUGCCGCUGUGGGGCCUGCCACUGCCGCUGUCGCUGCCACUGCAACUGCAACUGCUGCUGGCGGUGGCGGUGGGAGUGUCAGUGGCAUAGGCGGCGAUGCGAAGCGGGUGUCUGAUGAGCUCAAUGGCAAUGUCAAGCCCGUGCCACCGCCCCGAGAUCAUCUACGGGUGGAGAAGGAUGGCCGGCUGGUCAACUGUUCGCCCGCCCCCCAACUGCCGGAUCGUCGGGCAGCGGGCAACGGCAACGGCAGCAGUGGCAGCCACAGUCAACAACACCACCUGCAGCAGUUGCACCACCAACAGCAGCAGCAGCAUCUGCACCACCAGCAGCAGCAGCAGCAGAUCGCCCAGAUUGUGGAGCCCACGCUGGAGCAGCUGGACAGCAUCAAGAAGUACCAGGAGCAACUGCGCCGCCGACGCGAGGAGGAGGAGCGCAUCGCCCAGCAGAAUGAGUUCCUCCGGAACAGUCUGCGCGGCUCUCGCAAGCUGAAGGCGCUCCAGGACUCGGCCACGCCCGGCAAGGCCAUCGCCAUGGCCCAGCAGCAGCAGCCGGCGCCGACGGGACUGGCAGCCAUGCCCUUGCCCGCCGGUGUGGAGAACGAGGCGUAUCUGCCGGAUGAAGAUCAGGCGCAGCCACAGCUGCAGCCGCAGCCAGAGCAGAUCGAUGGCUACGGCGAGCUGAUCGCGGCCCUCACCCGCCUCCAGAGCCAGCUGAGCAAGAGCGGCCUCAGCACGCUGGCCGGACGCGUCUCGGCAGCCCACAGCGUUCUGGCCAGCGCCAGUGUGGCCCACGUGCUGGCCGCCCGUACCGCCGUCCUGCAGCGCCGACGCCCCCGCGUCAGCGGCCCCCUGCACCACAACGCCCUCGGCCUGCAGAAGGACAUCGUGGAGCUGCUCACCCAGUCGAACACCGCGGCGGCCAUCGAGCUGGGCAACCUGCUCACCAGCCACGAGAUGGAGGGCCUCCUGCUAGCCCACGACCGCAUCGCCAACCACACGGACGGCACGCCCUCGCCCACGCCGACGCCCACACCCGCCGGUGGAUUGGGUUCGAUGAGCGGAGCCAGCAGUCCGGUGUUAGCGGCGAAGAGAGCGGCGAUGGCCGGUGGGGUGGUGGUGCCACCACCGGUGGUCCCCGUCCCGUCAACGCUGGCGCAGCGCGGAGCAAUGCCGCUGCCGCGGGGCGAGUCGCCCCCACCGCCGCCGCUGCCAAUGCCAAUGCCCAUGGCCAUGCCGAUGAGUGCCUGCUUUGGAACGCUCAACGACCAGAACGACAACAUCCGAAUAAUCCAGAUCGAGAAGUCGACGGAGCCGCUGGGCGCCACCGUGCGCAAUGAGGGUGAGGCGGUGGUCAUUGGGCGGAUCGUGCGCGGCGGAGCCGCCGAGAAGUCCGGCCUGCUCCACGAGGGCGACGAGAUCCUGGAGGUGAACGGCCAGGAGCUGCGCGGCAAGACUGUGAACGAGGUGUGCGCCCUGCUCGGUGCGAUGCAGGGCACGCUGACGUUCCUCAUCGUGCCGGCGGGCAGUCCGCCGUCUGGGGGCCUUGGGGGCCUCGGCCUUCCCGGCAGCCUGGCCGGCAGCGGCGGACCCGGCUCGGGGCUGGGGGCACACCGGGACACGGCCGUUCUGCAUGUACGGGCGCACUUCGACUACGACCCGGAGGACGAUUUGUACAUUCCGUGCCGGGAGCUGGGCAUCAGCUUCCAGAAGGGCGAUGUGCUGCACGUGAUCAGCCGCGAGGACCCCAACUGGUGGCAGGCGUACCGCGAGGGCGAGGAGGACCAGACGCUGGCCGGCCUCAUUCCUAGUCAGUCGUUUCAGCACCAGCGCGAGACCAUGAAGCUGGCCAUCGCCGAGGAGGCGGGCCUGGCCCGCUCCCGUGGCAAGGACGGGGCCAGCAGCAAGGGUGCCACCCUGCUCUGUGCGCGCAAGGGCCGCAAAAAGAAGAAGAAGGCCAGCUCCGAGGCCGGCUAUCCCUUGUACGCCACGACGGCGCCGGACGAGACCGAUCCGGAGGAGAUACUCACCUACGAGGAGGUGGCCCUGUACUAUCCGCGGGCCACCCACAAGCGGCCCAUCGUCCUGAUCGGACCGCCCAACAUCGGACGCCACGAGCUGCGCCAGCGCCUAAUGGCGGACUCUGAGCGCUUCUCCGCCGCAGUGCCACUGUUUUAUCUGCUCGAGGAGCGCCUCAAGGAGGCCAAGACCAAGACCAAGGCCAAGGACACAUCACGUGCCCGGAGGGAGGGCGAGGUGCCCGGUGUCGACUAUCACUUCAUCACGCGCCAGGCCUUCGAAGCGGACAUUCUGGCCCGUCGCUUCGUGGAGCACGGGGAGUACGAGAAGGCCUACUACGGCACAUCACUGGAGGCCAUACGAACGGUGGUGGCCAGCGGCAAGAUCUGCGUCCUCAAUCUGCAUCCGCAGAGCCUGAAGCUGCUGCGAGCCUCCGACCUCAAGCCCUAUGUGGUACUGGUGGCGCCCCCCAGCCUCGACAAGCUGCGGCAGAAGAAGCUGCGCAAUGGGGAACCAUUCAAGGAGGAAGAGCUCAAAGACAUCAUUGCCACGGCCAGGGACAUGGAGGCCCGAUGGGGGCAUCUCUUCGACAUGAUCAUCAUCAACAAUGACACGGAGCGCGCCUACCACCAGCUGCUGGCCGAGAUCAAUUCGCUGGAGCGCGAGCCGCAGUGGGUGCCCGCCCAGUGGGUGCACAACAAUCGGGACGAGUCAUAGGGAUUCACUGGAACCAGGCCCCCCUCCACCAGCAUCCAAUCCCAACUCAAACUGCAAGCGCAACUCCAACUCCUGCUCCUCCCGCAGUCUUUGUAAAUACAAAUUUCCAACGAGCCAUCAGCCAGGCCCAGGCCCAGGGUCCAGCCCCAGUCCCUCGGAGAAGUACCGCCCACACACUGCAUAUACCGACCCCUAUAUCUCUGUAUUGUAUAUCCCCAACCCAUAAAUAUUUAUAUUAUCUGUUUGAAAAUUUCCUCGUGUUUUUUUUUUGUAUUUUUUUUCAUUUUUAGUUUUACUCUUUGAACUGUUUUGAAAGCACCUCCCAUUCCCAUACCAAUUCUAUUGUAUGUCCCCCUACUAUGUACUUAUGUUAACGAAAUUGUUGUUCGAUUAACCAUUAUUGUUCCAUCUUUUUUUAAACACUAACUUAUAUACAAUACAAAAUAUAUAGUAUAUAUACAUACAUAUAUCGUACGAGGAUGCAUGUAUAUUUUUUUUUUUUUUUUUUUUUUGGUCUACGUGCACUUCCUUAAUUUCUGAGGGCCAAUCGAAAAUGUAAAUUAGCAAAUUACAAAAAAAUACUAAGGCCAGAAGCCUGAAGACCUGAACCCUUGAAGAGCAGACCCAAUAAAUUGUGUAAUAAUACUACCAUAAGCGACCACAAAACAAAAAAACAAACCAAUCGAAUCGAAUCCAAAUCCAAAAUGUUAACAGAGCCAGAACAAUCCGUACGGCGGGAAAAUAGGAAAGGUGAUGGGAGGACGGAGUGGAAGGAGUGCGUAGAGAAUCAGAUGCAUAUGUUGCAAUUACGUAAUCUAUUUACUUUAUACAGAUACCGAUAUACAUACUAUACAUAACUUAUAGACGAACGAAGAUCGAAGCUUACUUCCAAAAACAUUUAACUCUUAACGAAAGUAACGAAGUAACGAAGCUUUGAAACGAGAGAAAGAGAGACAACAAAAUCAGUAAGUCAUUGCCAAAAAAAAAAA